AUGAAAUGGCAUGUGAGGACAAAGGACAACAUUGCCCGGGUUCGUCGAGAUGAGGCGAAAGCUGCUGAAGAGGAGAAGGAAAAGGAGAGGCGAAUCAAGCUAGCAGAACAAGAAGCUCGCACGGCCUUCCUUCGAGAGAAGGCCCGGGAAAAGCGGUUGAACAAUGGAGAAAUCGUUGAAGAAGUUAUCGAAGAAAACCUGGUUGUUGCUGUACCGGCAAAUCCUCCAUCAUCUGGACACAUCAACUUCUUUCAGGAGUUCGAAGAAGGCCUGAAAGUGGGUGGGACGAACCCAGAACACGAGAAAGAGAAGAAGGAGGAGCAAGAGAAAUACGAGAAGAGCAUCGGGCUGCUCACGUAUCUCGGUCAGAGUUCCCUCGAGGCCCAGGGAUCGGGUCCCUGGUAUGAGAGGAUCCCCGAUCGCGAGAAGGAGAUGGACUUGAGGGUCUCGAGCGUGAAGGCGAAGAAAGAGAUGGACCCACUGAACAUCAUGCGCAAGUACCUCGACUGCCCGGGUGUGAAACGGGUGGCUGCGAAGGAAGCACGGAAGCGGAAGGCAGACGAUGUUCCUCUCCGCCCGCAACAUCAUGCAAAAAAGUCCAAAAAGGAAAAGAAGCACAAGAAAGAGAAGAAGAAGAAGAAAAAGAGAAAUAGGAAAGAAAGCAGUGAUUCAUCUUCAAGUGAUAGUGAAGCAGAAAAGAAAGCGAAAUUGGAAGUGCUCCGGAUGGAACGUCUGAAGCGGGAGGCAGAGGAGCGAUCGAGAGCCGAACGCCUCCUCGCGGCCGACGCGAAAGAACCCGAGAAGCCGGCUCAGGAUCCGCGAGAGCCGGUUGUGGCGCAGAAAUACAGCUCCCAGUUCAAUCCUCACCUCGCCCGGCAGAAUUUAAAGCCCAGGACCUCCUGGAUCCCACCUUGACUUGUUUGAACUGCUGCCAAAAAAUUUGUCAAAAUGAGUGAAAAACUUUUUGAAAGUUUUCUUUUGAUGGUAGGAAGCCUUUCUGAAGUACAAACAUCAAUUGCAUGGAUGAGGUA